CUUGCCAUCCCUGACACUCCAGCACCAGCAGCCACUGACCUGCCUCAGGCACUGCUGCCACAGCCCCUUGGCCAGCACAGCUCUGCUCCCCAGCUCGCAGCAUGGAAGCUUGUCACUCUCCACAGCAAUCCAAUGUCACUUCAUACGGGGCCACCACUGUGGCCAUCGUCACCCUGGAGGCGUUUGCUGGCAUGUGGAUAAACGCUUUCAUCGUUUGUGUGCUUUGCCUUGCCUGGGUCAAAAAGAAAACCCUGAACUCUAAUGAGAAGAUCUUGCUGCUGCUGGGAUACACAAGGAUUUCCUAUUUAUGCCUCUUAUGGAUAUACCACUUCCUUUUAAUAAUUCAUCCCACUUUCCUUUAUGUUCCCCCCAUAUUUAAAUUAAUUUCAUCUUUUACAACCUUUUUUAACCAUUCCAACUUGUGGGUAUCAGCCUGUCUUUGUGGGUUUUACUGCAUAAAAAUUGCCAAUUUCAGGAACAGGUUCUUCAUCUACCUGAAAGUAAAAAUUGACAGGAUGGUGCCCUGGAUCCUGUUGGGGUCAGGGAUUUUAGCCUUGUCCACCAGCAUCAUUAUGGUGCCCUGGAUCCUGUUGGGGUCAGGGAUUUUAGCCUUGUCCACCAGCAUCAUUAUUUAUGACCUCACUGAAUCUCUGCAAAGUAACAACCUCACUUUCUCCUGUCUCGAUAAUAUUUGGGAAGCAAGUUUCAGAGAGAAUAAACAAUUUUUCCCUUCUUUUUUUCUCACUGGAUUUGGAUAUGCUGCUUCAUUCACGGCAAUCAUCUUCUCUGCUGUUUUCCUUCUCUUUUCUCUCUGGACACACAAACGCAAGAUGCAGAAAAACUCCAUGAAGGACCUCAGCAUGGAUGCCCACAUCAGAGCCAUGAAAUCUAUUCUCUCCUUCUUAGUGAUGUACAGCAUCAACUUUGUAUGUUUGGUCUUGACAAUAAUUUAUGCCAUGAAGAAUGAAAAUAUCAUGAGACUUCUUAUAUCCAUAUAUCUGUGUGCUUUUCCAGGAGUUCAUUCCCUUAUCCUGAUUUUCAGCAAUCCCAAGCUGGAAAAGGCACUGCUAAAGAUUCUCUCCUGGCUGAAGUGUGACUUUUCUAUGAAGUAGGAACUCUGAUAAA